CUCCUCAAAGACUCACCUCAGAAGCUUCAAUUUCAAUCCAUUUUCUAGUUUCAUCUCAUCUAGUUCGUAACUUUCCCUGUAACAAAGCAGUUUCGAGUUUUGAAAUGGCUCGCACGAAGCAGACGGCGAGGAAAUCCACCGGAGGGAAGGCCCCGCGCAAGCAACUGGCCACCAAGGCCGCCCGGAAGUCUGCUCCGGCCACCGGCGGCGUGAAGAAACCCCACCGCUUCAGGCCCGGGACGGUGGCGCUGAGGGAGAUCAGGAGGUACCAGAAGAGUACGGAGUUGUUGAUCCGCAAACUCCCGUUCCAGAGGCUAGUGCGAGAGAUUGCUCAGGACUUCAAGACGGAUCUCCGGUUCCAGAGCGGCGCCGUCGCGGCUCUCCAGGAGGCCGCAGAGGCCUACCUCGUCGGAGUAUUCGAGGAUACCAAUCUCUGCGCAAUUCACGCCAAGCGAGUCACUAUCAUGCCCAAGGACAUCCAGCUCGCUCGUAGAAUCCGCGGCGAGAGGGCUUAGAAACGAAUUGUACCACAUUGCCGUCAUUGCUUUGUCUGUUUUUGGAUCUGAUUAUAUUUAGGACUCUGUUUUUCUCUGUAUGACUCUCGGCCUGGAUCUGAUAUUACUGGAGAUGUAAAUCUGGAAAUUUAGAAAUGCUCUGAGCUUGAAUGGAUUUUGAAAUUUGACA